AUGUUUGAAUCGCCGAUAUCGUUGUCGCUGAUUCUUUCGGCGCAGUUGACACGUCAGUGUCGAGCCGUCGAGCCAGACUUCGGCCAGUUUUCGUCUCGCUCGAAUGCUCACGGGAUAAGUGUCCUCGCAUACGAGUGGCAUGAACACUUCAAAAGCAAAUCAGAGCUACAUCAGUGUUAUAUAAUGGGACACCAUUUGAGCACCUCGCGACCGCAACAUCAGCAGUCUGAACAACAACAGUUGCACGAUCGAAGACAAGAACAGCAGCAGCAGCAACAGAAACAGCAACAGCUGCAGCAGCAGCAACAACAGAAGCAGCAGCAGCAACAGCUUCAACUGCAGCAUAAACAACAACAGGAGCAGCAGCGGCUACAACAGAAGCAGCAGCAGCAGCAGAUGCAGAAACAGCAAAAACAACAACAGCCGCAGCAGCAACUGCAACAAAAGCAGCAGCAGAGACAAUUACAGCAGCAG